AGGCAGCUGCACUUGAGCGUCAUCUUUCGAGACGUACGAGUUCUUCAGUUGUGUGACACCUCGCUACGAACUAUGAAAGUUGUCGUUGUUCUCGCGCUGCUCGCCGGGGUUGCCUACGUCAAAGCUUCCUCUAUUGAGCAAGAUCUUGUCCUCAAAUAUGGGAAAAUUAAGAUGAUGGAGAAUUGCAUGGGCAAGGAGGAGUCCAAGAGAACUAAGAAUAAAGUGCGGGAUGCCUACAAAAUCUGCAAAGCAAAACCGGUGGAGUACAAAGGUGUAGCCAACGCCAACGCUGGGAGCGACCCCGUAGUCGCUAAGGUGCCCGAGGGAGACUACCAGUAUUUCACGGAAGACAAGGUGCGAUCUCUGAGUCGCAAGCUCGUCGCCAAAAUUUCCAACAAGACAUGCGUCUUCAGAGAACUUGGAUUCAUCGACGCAUCAGAUGAACUUUUGUACGAAAACAUCACAAACGAAAUCAAGAACAUCAAAGGCCUUGACUUACAAGUACAAGAAGAUCUCCUGGAGAGUGUGCAGUUGUGCAAGCAAGUUGCCACGUGCAUCAAGACGGACAACAUCCUAGUGCCCUCUCCUCCGCAACACAUCCGCUUCAAGGUUUUCCUAAAGUGCUACAAACAGAAGAAGCUCAUGGCGUGCCUCAAGAAGGAUCUCAGAGCCAAGAGCAGCGAGUUCGACUUCUCGGCUCCCGAAGACGCCAACGACAUGGUCGACGAGGACGAUAAAAUGCUGGCGCUCAUAUGGGGGCAGGCUGCGAUGGGAGACCUCAUGGGCUACGACUAACGCUACAUCGUCAUUUACUAAAUAGAACUUAUUGGAUUGAAGAAACGAUACAUACAUAAUCAAGUUAGAGAUUCACUCAAUUGGUUCAUGGAAAGUCAACAAGUCAUCAAUCAAUAUCGAGUUUCAAAAUUUCACCUCUCGAAGUGAACUUUUUCCUGAAAUUACAUCAUGUCUUGAUAUUUCAUAUUCUCGUGCCUUUCAAAACGCUCAACAUGGACUAAGUUCCAUGAAUUUAAACCAGGCUUAGGACGGAACGAAAAAGAGCGUUUCUCUUGCAUAUGAAAAUCCAAUAACUAUAGAAAAUUUGCAUGCAUAUGCACGGCUGAGCCAUACGAAAAUUUUCAAGGUUCAGAAGAAUUAAGCCAUCCAGACUUCGUCCCGUUCGUGUGUUUUGAAAUAAACGGAAUCAAGACUGA